AUGGACGUUGAGCUCCAGGCUGUCCUUCGGCUGCCACUCGAGCGGCGGCAGAGCUGUGGCGAGGCGUCAGAGGGCGGCGGUCCGUCCAUCUUUCACCAGUUUGCCGACGGCGAGCGGACGGUGUGGGUCGUGCAGUCGGGUAUCGGGCCGGUGAUGGGCGCGCUCGCGGCGCAAGAGGCGGUGCUCUCGCUAGCGCCGCGGCCGGAGCUCGUCCUCUCCCUCGGCGUCGGCGGCGCGCUGGCUGCCUCCCUCGCGCCUGGCGACCUGGUGCUCGCCUCGCGUGUGGUCAAGCACGACACGCGCUGCGGCGGCGCGCUGAUGCGGCCGGGUGAGCUCUGGCUCUCCGACCCGCACCGCGACAAGCGCGACCCUGGGUUCGACGCGCCGGCGGCCGCGCUCGCGUUCGUGCGCGGCGCGCUGCGCGGGCGCGUGGUCUUCACGGAAGGGACGCUGCUCUCGGGCGACGAGUUUGUCACCGCGGAGCGCAAGGCCGCCCUCGCCGACUGCGACGGCGGCGGCGCCCUGAUGGUGGACAUGGAGGCGGCCGGCAUCGUGCAGGCCGCCACCAGGCAUUCGCUGCCGUGGGCGGCGCUGCGGACGACGGCCGACCGGCUCCGCCCCGGCGCGGGCGGCGCGGAGGAGGACUACCUCGUGGCCAAGGCGCGCGCCGCCGAGAGCGCCGCCGCCGUGGUGCGGCGCGUGUGGGACGGGAUGGGCCAUCAGAGACGAGGUGGUAUAUCACGUGACGGUCUCUAG